AUGGCAGAUACCAAACCCCUCCUAGCCUUCUACGGCGCAACCGGUGGCUCAUGUCUUGCCUGCCUAGCUCCAGCCCUCAAGGCUGGCUAUACAUGCACAGCGCUCGCUCGCACACCCUCUAAGCUCGAGACCGCCCUUCGUGAGAAAGGCGUUUCCGACUCCGCCAUCUCCUCCUACCUCCACAUUACCAAUGGCGACGUCUAUGAUCUAUCAGCCGUGAAAGGGCCCCUCUCACACGAUGGCCGCACUGCCUCCACAGUCUUCUCCGGUCUUGGCGCCUACCAGAUGACUGGAGAGAUCAAGAUCUGCCAAGAUGGUGUCGGGAAAAUCUUCGAGGCACUGAGGGAGCUGAAGACGGCCGAGAAGCCAGUGUUUGUGGCACUAUCAAGCACUGGCCUUACAAGGGGUGGGGAGAAGCGAGAUCUGCCAUAUGCGAUGUACCCAAUGUACCAUGGGUUGCUGAAGAAGCCACACGUCGACAAGAUCAAGAUGGAGGAUUUGGUCAUGGAAGAGGCGGGGAAGGGAGAAAGUGUGAUUGGAGGGUAUGUGCUUACGAGAGCAAGUCUGCUCACGAAUGGUAAGGGCGGAGGAAAAGUGAGGGCGGGACCGGAGAACGAGCCGGCGAUUGGGUAUACGAUUAGCAGGAAUGAUGUUGGGGAGUGGAUGUAUAAAAAUCUUGUCAAGGGAGACAAGGGGAAGUGGGUUGGAAGGAAGGUCUCUUUGACUUAUUGA